GCUGCCUUCCGGGCUCUGAUUUCCUGCUGGAGCAGCACGAAUACACAGAGAUACAGAACAGCGGUAGCAACUUCUGGGGCUCUGUUGGUAAUAAGUUUAUUUUCAUGGACUAAAUGAUUGAAAACAUCGGUCGUGGAACCAGAAUAUCAGACUGUCUACAAAAUCGCCGUGUUUUUAAACGGGGUACCCUUGUCAAAUCCUACAGUGAAAUAACAAUGGCACAGUGUAUGUGGCCAGAGCCCCUGACAGCUCCACAGCUGAAGCGACUGGAGGAUCAUAAGUACAGCUCUUCGGGUCGAUCAAUGUUCGAGCCGCCGCUGCAGAUCUACUGGAACUGGCUGGUUCAACAGAUCCCCACCUGGGUAGCUCCCAAUACCCUCACUAUAAUUGGACUUAUUAUUAAUGUCACCACUACACUUAUCCUAGUGUACUACUGUCCCUCUGCCAGAGAGGAGGCGCCAGGAUGGGCAUUCCUGUUAAGCGCAUUAGGUCUUUUCAUCUACCAGUCCUUGGACGCAAUCGAUGGAAAGCAGGCUCGAAGAACAAACAGCAGCUCUCCACUUGGGGAGCUGUUUGAUCACGGCUGUGAUGCUGUCUCAACAGUUGUUGUUGCUAUAGGAACGUGUAUAGCCGUGCACAUGGGAACCGAUUCGAACUGGAUGUUCUUCUGUGGUUUUAUUGGCAUGUUCAUGUUUUACUGCGCGCACUGGCAGACGUAUGUUUCUGGAACACUGAGAUUUGGAUUAAUUGAUGUGACAGAAGUCCAGGUCUCCAUUACAAUCAUCUAUUUGAUGACAGCCUUUGGAGGAACCAGCUUGUGGGAUUACAGGCUUCCAGUACUAGGAUGGAAACUCCAAACCUUUCCACUACUUGGUAUAAUAGGCGGAGCGCUGUUUUCCUGUUCCAAUUACUUCCAAGUCAUUUUAAGUGGAGGUGUAGGCAAGAAUGGGUCCUCAGUAGCAGACACUAGUGUACUUUCCCCAGGCACUCACAUAGGUCUUAUCUUAACAUUGGCUGUCAUGAUCUUCAAGAAGUCUUCCAGCCAGCUUUUUGAAAACCACUCCUGCCUGUACAUCUUAACGUUUGGAUGUGUGUUUGCCAAGAUUGCCAAUAAACUUGUUGUGGCACAUAUGUCAAAAAGUGAGCUGCUUCUACAGGAUACAGCAUUCAUUGGACCAGGGCUGCUGUUUUUGAACCAGUACUUCAACAGUUUUAUUGAUGAAUACUUUGUUCUUUGGAUAGCAAUGCUCCUCUCUCUGGUUGAUCUGGUGAGAUACUGCAGUGGCGUAUGCAUACAAAUUGCAUCACAUCUUCAGAUUCAAGUCUUCAGAAUCACGCCUCAAGUUUCUGAACAGGAUGAAGGUUUUUCGAUUGCUGUGACCCCCUCAGAAUAACAUGGACAGAAGAGAUUUUCCGCUGUUGCUGCAAUGAAGACAUGGAAAAAACUUAACGACUCAGUUACAGUACAGUAUCGGGGAUGACAGAUCAAAUGCACAUUAUGCACAUUUUUUACAUGAAAAAGAUCAAAGACAUGGUUUCUCUUGUGAGAAACCAUGAGCUCUCAAAUUAAAUAGUUUAAAUAUGUUUUGUUCUAUUUUUUUCAGCAAUUAUUGAUUUUAAAGUUUUUUGUAAAUA